AUGUCCGAACAAGUACAAACACCUAAAGAUCAAACGAUUACCAACACCUCGCCUUCUAUUGAUAAAUCUAUUCUAAAUGACAAAUGGGAUCUAGUUCUAUCGAAUGUUCUAGUGAAAACUGGUCUAGGUUUUGGAGUAGGUGUAGCAGCCUCUGUUCUUUUCUUCAAACGUCGUACUUUCCCUGUAUGGUUAGGUAUGGGUUUUGGUCUUGGUAGAGGGUACUCUGAAGGUGACGCUAUCUUUCGUUCCACUGCUGGUGUAAGAACAGUGAAAGUUUAA